AUGUGUCCCGCUAAACCGUAUUGUAAAAAAUUUUGGUACAAAACGUAUUUAGAACGCGUUAAAUAUUUGGUGAGAUUGCCGAAUCAUAAGAAAAUAAAUGAUCUUGCACUUAUUGGCACUCAUUCGUCAUUAUCGUACGACGUCAAUGACGAAAGAUCAAAAACUCAAGAUAUGAAUAUCCAGCAGCAAUUGAAAUAUGGAGUUCGUGUUUUCGACAUCGGCAUACGCUCAGAAUCUAAUUUAUUCGAAAUCUAUUCGAACGAUGUUCCUACAAAUAUUAAAUUUUGGGAUGCACUAUUUGAUUUUAAUCAUUUUCUCGACAAUAAUCCUGGCGAAUUUAUAAUUUUAUUUAUACGACAAGUUUAUCUCUUACAAUAUGAAAUCACCCAACAGAAUUGUGACAUUCUUAAUUUUUACAAAGAGAAUUUUGUGGGUGGAAAGCGUCUAGUCAAAAAUUGGCAGCUAAGUGACACCAUCGGGCAGCAUCGCGGAAAAAUUCUACUAGCGAGUUUGGAUUACUCAUUUUACGAUUGUACUUUGAUCCUUCGUGGUGAGUGUCUUCUUCAAGAUGAUCAUGUCAUUUACGAACGUACAAAAGUGCGCCGUAAUUUAACAGCUAAAUGGAACUCAGUGUACAAAACAAUACAAGCUAGUUAUUUUGAGAGCUAUAAAUGUUAUAUCAAUGACAUUAGUUAUUGGGACGGCAUUAAUAGUCGACGUGUUAUUGCGAGAGACGGCAAUUAUGAAGAUGAUAAUCGUGGAUGUCCAAUGCCACUCAAUUACAUGAUGGCUCAACAUUUUGAAAAUCCACAUUCCGGAUUAAUUAUCGUUAUGGCUGAUUAUCCUCCUCAAGAAUUAAUUGAUAAAGUAAACGACAGCAAUUUUCCAAAUUCGUCUUGGCGAUCUGGGUGGGAAUAA